AGCGUUUUGGGGUUGCAUACUGCCGAAGUGGAGUAUUUUGCUGUAAAGUAUUUCUGGGGCUUGGCAUUUGACCCCAGUCCAGACCAGGGGUGUAAAGUAAUUAAAUAAAAAUACUAAAGUAUUAUACUUACUAUCAUUUUCUUUCAUCUUACUGGACUGAAGCCGCCUUUUCACUGCAUCUGACAAAUGACAGAUAAUAGACUAGAGGCCAGUCUUUUUAAAUGGAGUGUCGCACUGCGGGUGUGUGGAGUUUCAACCAUCUGCAGAUGCAUCAUUUCGGAUUUGAUUUGAGCUUCGGUGUGACCACCCGAUUGAAUGAAAGGGUAGUUCCAGUAUCUCUUCCGACGUGAGCUCGAGCACUGAUCACACACCCACAAAAGCUCCCAAGAAUGUGGCUACCAGUGAAGAUUCGGACCUGAGCAUGAGGAAACUUAGCACUCCCAGUCCCGCUCUCAUUCUGAACUCAAACCCUUCCUCUCUUCCCCCUCAAACGGUCCCCAAUGGCCACGAAACAUCUUCCUCUUCUUUUGUCCCCGGUGAAACAGUUGCCAUGGUGCACCUUCCUUCUGGGACAUGCUCACGGCCUUCCAAAGCUCCUCACACCACACUCAUUGAUGUCCUGCCCGACCCCAUUCUCCUGCACAUCCUCUCGUUCCUCUCUACCCCUCAGCUGUGCCGCUGCGCUCGAGUGUGCCGUCGGUGGUAUAACCUUGCCUGGGAUCCACGGCUCUGGAGUAGUAUCCGUCUAACUGGAGAGCUGCUACACGCUGACCGGGCCCUGAAAGUGCUCUCCCAUCGGUUAUGUCAGGAUACUCCCAAUGUUUGUCUGACCCUGGAGACAGUCGUAGCUAGUGGCUGCUGGAGGCUUUCUGAUCGUGGGCUUCGUGUUAUAGCUCAGUGCAGUCCAGAGCUGCGGCGUCUGGAAGUUGCUGGCUGUUAUAAUGUGUCCAACAAUGCUGUGUUUGACGUGGUAUCCCAGUGUCCCAAUCUGGAGCACUUGAACGUAUCAGGCUGCCCUAAAGUGACCUGUAUCAGCCUGACUCAAGAGGCCUCUCUUCAGCUCACCCCACUACACGGACAACAGAUUGGCUUGCGUUACCUGGACAUGACAGACUGUGUGUCCCUGGAGGAUGAAGGCUUGAGGACCAUCGCCUUUCACUGCCCACGUCUCACGCACCUCUUCCUUCGGCGCUGCAUCCGCCUAACAGAUGAUUCCCUGCGACAGUUAGCACUGCACUGCACCUCUUUACGUGAGCUUAGCCUUAGCGACUGCCAUCUAAUGGGAGACUUUGGCUUGCGUGAAGUUGCCCGCCUGGAGGGCCGCCUACGCUACCUAAGCGUAGCACAUUGUAUGCGCAUUACAGAUGUUGGAUUGCGCUAUGUAGCACGCUACUGUCCGCGGCUACGUUACCUGAAUGCACGGGGCUGUGAGGGGCUAACAGACCAGGGUUUGAGCCACUUAGCUCGUAGCUGCCCCAGACUGCGAUCUCUUGAUGUUGGCCGUUGUCCGCUCGUGUCAGACAACGGGCUGGAAGUGUUGGCACGCUCCUGCGAGGGGCUUCGACGGUUAAGUCUGAGGGGAUGCGAGAGUGUGACAGGGAGAGGGCUAACGGUGCUAGCGGUGGGAUGCCCCGAGUUGCAGUUACUGAAUGUACAGGAGUGCGAGGUGCCACCUGAGGCCCUUCGACUAGUCAGACAGCACUGCAGACGUUGUGUAAUAGAACACACCAUACCUGCUUUCUACUGAGGAGGCAGGUUGGGAUGCCAGGGAUGUGGACCCCUGACAAGUGGAUGUUUAUACCCAGUGCCUUUCAAUGACUGUAUAAUGAAAUGCUACAUGGUUACUAUGUCUCAAAACCUAGUGAACUGACUCGCUGUGUACAGCCAGAGAUCUUCUAUACAGAGAUAACAACCUCCAUGUUUUUAACAUUGGAGAGAGCGUAAUGGUCAACUAGCGUGUUACAACAGUAAGUCACCAUUUGCAGAUACCAGACAAAUUAAUGGGGAGAGCCGCAAACUGACACCUACCUGUCGCAAAAUUGUCCAUGUCUUCUCUUAUAAAACAGCAAUUUUAUUGUAAUAAUCUCCACACAUAGUUCAUUCCAAAAGGACUGUUUAAUGUAAAACAUAUUAAAGAUUAGCAGACAGGCAGUCAGUUCGUUAAAUGAUGAGCUGUUUCCUCACAAAAGCUGUUUAUUCAGCUUAAUGAAGCAUCUCCUCCAUAGACAUCCAUUAAAAAAAUGGCGUCUUGUCUCCUCGCCAGUGUACCACCUAUAGAAUGUCUAUGGGACAAUCGCGUUAUGCUAUUUUAGGCUAAGCUUGUAGGCUCCCCUAUGUAGAAGGGUUCGGGUACAGCCUACAUGGACAACUGUCUACGUAAAACAAAUUCCAAUUGAAAUGGACACACAUAAGUAACCAUUUUGAGAUAUCUUUUAUUAGUAAUGUAAGCGUAAGCGUAGUUAUAGCAAGAAGAUCUCGGAAUUCAUUCUAUUAGGCAUCUCAUCCAAUCACAAUACAGCCUCCGCUUUAUAAGCCAGCUCAGCUGCUUCUCAUUGUUGGCUUACUUCCAUUGUUUUCACCCCCCUCCACCCCAUCACCACCAGUUUAGGUCCCGUCCUGGGUGGGGGUAUGCUCUGAUCCCCUGAAGUCAUCGCUUCCGGCAGGAUCCGACGGUUCAAGCAAGCAUCAGAGCAUUGAACUGUAGGAAGGGGCUUAUGCCAAAUGAUAUAAAUUCAUAUUAAUCCCAAUAAUCCGGAGUCUUUUCUGAUAGAAACUUCAUUAUAGGUCACUCCUGCAUGUCACUCAAAUAACGCAUCUCACUGUGCAAUAUUCACAUUUAAUUCUGACUUUAGCAUGUAGAUAGGCUAAGCUAAUGUGCUAAUGUCAGCAUUAAAAAUAUGUAGCCCACACAAAACUGGGUGAACUAAUUUUACAUUUUUAACUACUAGGAAUUAUUUCAUAUUGAUACUCUUACAAAUAUAUUUAUAAUCAAUAUGGAUAUUGCCAGUGAAGCACAAAAAUUGGUUGUCCAGUCAGGCAGUGCCCUUGGUUUUAAGACACAGUCUUAAGCAUAUAAUGGUGCUUCUUUACUAACAAAGAAUAACCAAAAAGUAUCAUGGUAAUACCAUGGUAUUUUCAAUAGGAAAGAAUAUAAUUAAAGUACUUUAGUGUACCAUGUAAAUAUUAUGGUACUAUGGUAAUCAGUGAUAUGGUACAUGUGAAAGUACCAUGGUAGUGCCUUCUGAUACCAUCACUGUACUAUGCUACCACCACAAUAUUUUUGUAAGAUUGCAUCUUUAAAAGAACUACAUUAUGUAUAUAAUAGUAUUGAUCACAUGAAAGAGAUGCGAUAUUGUCACUGUACAACAUUAAGCUGCUUUUUGGGUUGACUAAUGGUUUUUUAUUUCAUUUUAUUUAUCUACAAUAGCCCUUUAGCAGGUUGACUAUGUACAGUAUGUCCAUUACAUGGUUACAUUUAAAACUUCUCAUAGUAUUAUUGAGAACAUACAUUCAAGUGUGUUAAAACUUUAAGUAUAUCGGAUUUUCCCAGUCUCCCUUUGAAAAGAGAUAUCUAAUUCUAAGAGAUCACAUUUGUUAAUUAAAAUGAGUAAAAAUGUGGAUAUUAGCACUUUAAAAGGCAUGUAUGGUAAUCACAAUGUUGUUUUAAUAUCUAAAACAAUCUUUUAUUUCAUAUUUCACAGUGGUCAUGAUUAAAGGAGAUUUAUAAAUUAGUCUCAAGGUCUUAAUCUUGCUGCUAAAAGACUCAAUAAAGGGCUACUUAUUUAAAAUGAUUGAAAUUAUGUUCUUUUAAUGGACUUUAUAAAUCCAACAUCAAGAUUUCAGGUUCAAAUUUAUAUGAAUGAAUAAGGGAAAGUAUAUAUCUUACCCAGAUAGCAAGAAGAUCUGGGCCAAAUAUGGCUUGUUUUUGGCGCUUCUGGUUUGGUUCUGGCAGUGAAAUUUUAGCACCUUUGUGUUAAAUAGCAUUUGGCUGAAGUCUGGUGUGAGUCCGGUCAACCAAAAGAAACAAAGCAAAGACAGACAUUCGUUUGGCUGAACAUUGGCUUGAGUCUAGCCAAUGAAAAUUGGCUGAGAUCUGGAGUGAGUCUGGUUUGCCAAAUGAAGAAAAAGGCAUGCUGUCGGCUGAAUUGUGGCAUAAAUAAACACGAGGAGACGCGCUUUCGGCUUAUUUGUGGCUGGCUUGAGUCUGUGUUUACAAGAAAUGAGAAUCAGCUUAUCAUGUUCAACCUUUCAAUGGCCUCAAUUGAUCUCCAGCUACAUGAUGAAA